ACACAGAACAAAGAAAACAGCCAAGAUGCAUAGAUCAUUGGGAUUUUUUCUCUUCGUUGUUUAUUACGCGUCAGGUCUCACCGACAAGCCUGCGGCUAACUGCACACUUACCGUGACUUUUCAAGGACUGGAGAUACCUGACGGGGGCUUCGUACGAGCCACUAGCGGUCGGCUUAAUCAGGUGUAUUGUAGAGCCUAUUGUACUGGACCUGGGGACUCGCCUACAUUGCAGUUCUACAGAAAUGAAAACCGGAUUUCGACGCUUGCUUCCAAGAGGAUAUACAGCGUCAGAACAACGUUCGACAGGAACGCCAUCCUUAACGUGCAAGACAUGAUUGAGGCCGACGCGGGUGUCUACUACUGUAAGGGGUUGAUAAAUGGGCGCAGCCAGCAACGUUACUUUUCUCUUGUCUUUGAUCCUCAACUUGGAUCCAAACAGUGCGAGGUAUCGUGCACGGACGGCACGUGUAUUGUUCAGACGCAGCUCUGUGACGGAAGUAACAAUUGUGAGGAUGGGAAGGAUGAGUUCAACUGCUUAGACUCAGCUUCAGGCAACACUGAAUUGGCAGAGAAUGAUGCGUAUCUUGCUGUCCGUCCUCAACUUGGAUCCAAACAGUGCGAGGUAUCGUGCACGGACGGCACGUGUAUUGUUCAGACGCAGCUCUGUGACGGAAGUAACAAUUGUGAGGAUGGGAAGGAUGAGUUCAACUGCUCAGACUCAGGUCCUCAAACAAAACCUGCAGCUUGCGCGAUAUCGUGUAGGGACGGUAUUUGCAUUUUGCAGAGACAGCUCUGUGACGGAAAUGACGAUUGUGGGGACAGAUCGGACGAGUUCAACUGCACAGUCUCAGGCAAAAGUAAAGAUCCAGUACCAGUAGCAGCAAUUGGAGGAGGAGUUGCAGCUGCUGUCGUGGUAUUUGCUCUCGUUCUGGGGUCAAUAAUAUUAAUUAAACGAAGAAAUCGAUCUCAAUUAUACGAUAAUGUUGUCAGAAAAUCAAAUGCAGAUUGCCCUGAACAUACAUACGAUGACUUACAGAACAAGAGCUUUCGUCUGACGGAAUCGCUAGAACGGACUGCCAAUGAAGAACACACAUAUGCAACAAGUAUUUAGAUACAUAAGUACACAAGUGGUAUCAUGCUGUUAUUUGCAUACACUAACAAUAUCGUUCAAUAACACAUGUGCUGUUUUACAUAAAUAUUUAUGAUGAGUUCAACUGCACAGUCUCAGAUACGCGUUUUUUAUUUCAUGCUGUUUUGAUUGAUGUUGUUAUUGUUGUUGUUGCCAUUUGUUUAUUUGGGCAAAUCUGCUUAUGGAAAAUUUUGCCUAACAGUAAACUCUUUUACACCUGGUUUAAAAAAACUUGUGUAUGGCAUAUUUUAAACGUCGAUUGAUAAAACUCAACAUUGCAUGCUUUUAAACAGCCUGAGUUGAUGAAUGCCCGGACGGGAUUUGCGUGGAUCAGUCCCCGGUGUUUGAUUGGGUUAAAGUCUGAGAUAACGGAACUGAACUUACCCCAAAACGGUACGAGCUCGUCACAUCUUUAUUUCGACCUUUUACUCGAAUUGUAAGUCCUGCUGGUUGAAAAGUCGGUAUCAAUGUAUUGUAUCAGCGUGUAAAGUCCUGUUGAAAACAUACAACGAUGAGAUAAAUAAAUAAAAGCUAUCAAAGUGUAACAUGUUUGACCAGUCAAAAGAAUUGACGUCGCUCAAAUAGCAGCUAAAUGCAAAAUAUACGGAUAUCGACAUCCUUAAACAAAACAACACGUCUUCAAAACAAGCUAACGAGGUCAGUAUGAAUGAGCUUGUACAUUACGAUCGCCGGAACAGUGUCCGUAUAUCUGGCGUCCAAUAUGACGAGGACAACUAAACGUCUAUUCUAGUUCCUGAACAAAUCGUGAAAGAAUGAACCAACAUCUAGAUAUCCGGCUUGAAUGACAUGACAUCGAUGCUGCUGAAAGGCUCGGAAAGCCCACGCCACAAAAAAUAGAGCGGCGAUAGUUAAGUUUGUGCGACGACAAAUGAAAUUGAUAUCAUGAAGCGCGCAAAACGUCUGGUGGGCUCAGGAAUGUUCGUCAAUGAGGUUUUAACAAAACUAAACGCCGAGUUGCUAGCAUCCGUAUAUCUUAAAGAGCAGGGCUGUGUUGGAAAGGCUUGAUUUUAUAAUGGCAAUCCGUUUGCAUGUACACUUUAACGAAUAUGAAAAAUGACGUAGCGAUCCGUAGCCAAAGAAGGAAACCACCAAAAAGAAGCAUCUACUCGUUCCAGACUCCGAUCGCUAAAAUAGAUUUGCAUUCACUAUGUAAAACGCUUGACAACAUGUAUGUGUAUAAUUAUAAAUUAGCAGAAUCAAAUGAAUGCAUUCUCAUAUAGAAUAUAGUAAGACUGGAAGUUAGAUUUCAUUGCUAACCUGACACAGUGUUUCUGCUGUCACCCUUAAUGGACACGCACUGAUUAUAAAAUAUCAGAGUACAUAUUAUAUAAUUUUUGACAUGGUAAUUCAAUUAUAAAUAAAAGAUAAAUACAAACAAAACGCCAAGCAAUAUUGCAGCCUUUUUCUUGCAAAUAUAAAUCUGAUACUGACCGUUAUUCAUGGAUGUAUUAAAGUGCUGUUGCUAAGAAUCAAUUUAAUUACGUACUCGAAGCAAUUUUAAUCCGUUGAUGUGUUCUCGCUAAGUAUAAUGGUAUUGACUCGUUAAACUCAUACAAAGCGUGCCAGAAAAAAUAUUGGGAACAGUGCUUGCGUUAAAUAUAAAAUUCUUAUGGCUUUCACGAGUGCCGGCUGUAUGAUGUCGAGCUUUACACAACAAUUCCAAAUGUGUAUUGUUUAUUUCAGUUUUCAUUGUUGUUUUAGACUUCUAUAUCGGUUCAUACCAUCAAAUUGUCAAAUAAAUAACAACGAUGUUUAGUUUUUAUUCUGAGUACUUUUAAACAAUUGUCAUGUGUAUGCACAUUUUUAUUGUUUUGGAGAGUGUUUCAAAUCACCUGACACAAAGUUUAUAGUACAUAUAUAUACAUAUAGUUGUUUUUUGGAAAGCAUUUUAUAUUUACUUAACAUAUUGUUCAAGCUAAAAAGAAAACAUGUACAUGUAUUUUGUAUAAAGUGCUUAGGUUUAAAUUUCAUGUUGCUAUUUAGCUCAGUCUUUUUUUUGUUUGAACUUGUUCACAAUAAACGCUUAUUAACUUAUUUUGAACUUUUACCACGCUUUUGAAACAUAGAAAUAAUUACAUAAGUGUGCUGUUAGUAAUAUUUUUCUGGUCUGAUCCGGUACAAAUAACCUUUGUUGUGCUAUAAAAAAUAUUCUGAAAUGAAUAAUACACAAUUCAUUUAAUAAACCAUAGAUCAAGUUUCUUUGCAUAUUACAUUGCUUUGAAACAUAUACAAUAAAGGUUUGCAACAAGUGCUGUUUCAAAAGGCAAUAUAAAACACAUUUAUUUUCUAAUCAAUGAUAUGUCAUGUUAUUUUAUAAUCGAAGAUAUUUCAAGAGUGUCUGUCUAAAAGGCAAAAUGUGUGUUAUGUAUGGGUGUAAGAAAAUAUUUUUUGAAUGUUUGACUUAUUAUAGACCUAUAUGUGUAUGUUAUUUUAAGAAGGCCUCGUUGUAAAAAAGUAUUGAUUCAUCUGCAUAAUAUGUAUAACGUGUCAUUGUCUUAUUAUAACCUUCUGUAAAUAAAGCUUUAUUAUUAUUAUUAUUAUUAUUAUUAUAAUAAAUGUUUUAAUAUGUAUUGAAAAUACUUUACAAUGUACCUUUGUUUCUAGUAUGAUAAAACGUAUAUGUAUAAAAGGCACCGUAACUUAUAUAGUAACGUUUUUCUAAGAAUUGCAGUUGAUAGUUCAUAUCCGAAUGUGUCUUCAUUCCUUUCUAAUGAGUUCUAUCUUAUAAUUAAUCAUUUUGAAUUCUUUGUUUUUGUAAUAUAUGUUUUCUAUGGUUGGUUUUAUAAUAACUAUGUUGAUUCCCAGAAGUAUCACUAUACUUAAUUAUAAAUACAAUUUAAAUGUAUGGGAUGUGGACUUUUGCAUAAUUAAACUUACUUUAACCAAAUUACAAGCAAUCUAAACAUGUUUUCUUUAAACUUUUCAGAUGCGAAAAUCGAAAAACUAGAACAUUUGUAAUAUGACCUAAAUAUACAGAUCUCUCAUUUAAAAGGAAGUAUGAUAGGAUCAUUAUGUUAGUGGACUUGACAAGGUCAAAUGCCAUCUAGAUAUUUUAUACUGGAAAAAUAAUGCCAUAACAAAAAACAAUUUAUAUAAACUAAAAACUGAAGACAAUAGUGGAAUUAUUGUCUAAACAUGUACCCUUUAUAUAAUAGCAUCUUAUUAUCACUCUCUCUAUAAGCCAAACAUGAUUAAUAUUUAAAUGGAAUAAUUUUUACAAAAUUAAACCAGUUUGGGUCGAAUUUAGUUGAACUUUAGAGAAAGCUUCAUCAUUCGUAGUUAUUCGGUCUUACCCAAAUGUCACGUAACAUUAUAAAUGCCAUGUUUACAAAUGAAAUUCGUACAUACAUGUUUACUUGUAUUUGUUAAAGAAUCUGAUAUUAAUGCUAUGUUUUGUAUAAACAAACGAGGACAAUAAUCUAGGUAUGUGGUUUGU